CUCAGCAGGUGGCGAUAUACCUUAGACGUGUGAGCAACUAAAUGACGAAUUAAUCCACCGAAGAGGAACAAUAAUGAAUUUGCUCAACUCGAACUGAUUCAACAAGCAGUGAGAAAUGGAGGUGGAAUGCUUUGUGUCCAAGACCCUAGAGCUCCUUCAGGAGGAGAGAGAAGCAGAGAUCGAGGAGACAAGGCUAUGGCAGGAGAAUGUCUCUCUGAAAGAUCUCCAGAGUAAAGGUGUUUGUCUUCUGAAGCUGCAGAUAGGAAGCCAGUCAACUGGCCUUUAUGGAAGAUCACUCCUUCUUCUAGAACCCAGAAAACACAUGGGCGUCUCUGUGCUACCUAGCAACAACUUUGGACCCGGAGACAUAGUGGGUCUGUAUGACCUGGAUGGCUGUACGACGUCCUCCCAGCUGUGUACUGGUGUAGUGACCCGCAUCAGUCAGUCAGCGGUAACCGUGGCCUGUGAGGACUCGCCGGACGGACUCAACCUGGACACAGACGCUCUGUACAACCUCAUGAAGCUGGCUAACGAUGUCACAUACAAACGCAUGAAAAAGGCCUUGAACACUCUGAAUGGGUACAGCAGUGGACCAGCCUCGGAUUUGAUCAGCGUUCUCUUUGGCUACUCAGAACCUGGCUCUAUAUCACAACCACAUGAUCAGUGUUUCCUGAACACUGGUCUGGAUGAGUCUCAGAGACAGGCGGUGUCGUUUGCUCUGUCUCAGAGAGAGGUAGCUGUAAUACACGGGCCACCAGGCACUGGCAAGACAACCACUGUGGUGGAAAUCAUCCUGCAAGUGGUCAAACGGGGACAGAAGGUCCUGUGCUGUGCCGGUUCUAACGUGGCCGUGGAUAACCUGGUAGAGCGCUUGGCUAAGGCCAAAGCUAAGGUCCUGAGACUGGGUCACCCUGCCCGCCUGCUAGAGUCCAUUCAGAAACACUCGCUAGACGCCGUCCUCGCUCACAGUGACAACACCAACAUCAUCGCUGACAUACGCAAAGACAUCGACAAAGCUUUUAUGGGGAUGAAGAAGAUGAAGGACAAACGAGAUCGAAUCCACCUGAAGAGGGAGGUAGGAGAGCUGAGGAAAGAGCUGCGGACCAGGGAAGCUACAGCCAUUGCUGAGGUCCUCAAACGCGCUGAUGUGGUUCUAGCCACUAACACAGGUGCUAAUGAUGGUGGCCCUCUGAAGAACCUACCUGUAGACCAUUUUGACUGGGUGGUGAUCGAUGAGUGUGCCCAGGCGUUGGAGAGCUCAUGCUGGAUCGCUCUGCUCCGAGGCAGGAAGUGUAUCCUGGCUGGAGACUACAAGCAGCUGCCACCCACCAUCAAGUCUCACACGGCUGCGUCUAAAGGCCUGUCCGUCAGCCUGAUGGAGAGGUUGAUCCAGAAGUAUGGAGACUCCGUAGUCAGGAUGCUGACAGUGCAGUACCGUAUGAACAGUAACAUCAUGACCUGGGCCUCAGAACAGAUGUACCAGGGGAAACUCACUGCACACAGCUCAGUGGAGAAACACCUGCUCAAAGAUCUCCCAGGAGUAGCCAGUGUUGAAGAGACCAGCACCCCUCUCCUCCUCAUAGACACAGCAGGCUGUGGGCUUAGUGAGAUGGAGGUGACAGACGAACAGUCCAAAGGAAACCAAGGUGAGGUAGACAUUGUGGAACUGCACAUCAAAGCGUUGACUGAAGCUGGGGUGAAACCUAAAGACAUCGCUGUUAUUGCCCCUUACAAUCUGCAGGUGCAUCUCCUGCGUCAGCGUCUCUCAGCCAGACAUCCCGAUCUGGAGAUCAAGUCUGUCGACGGCUUCCAGGGCAGAGAGAAGGAGGCUGUGGUGCUGACCUUGGUCAGAUCUAACAGGAAAGGUGAGAUAGGGUUCUUAGCUGAAGACCGGAGGAUCAACGUGGCGGUGACUCGAGCCAGACGUCACCUGGCCCUGGUGUGUGACACACAGACCGUCCAGACCCACGGCUUCCUCAAGACCCUCAUCGAUCACAUGACCCAGCACGGAGACGUACGCACCGCCUUUGAGUACCUGCGGGACAUUGUGCCCCAGAACUACACCAGAGACCACCGAGAUACCAAGUCCAGCAACACUACCGCUAGCAGCUCCUCAUCCACCUCCAACAAGCAGAAGGGCAGAGGUCAGGCUGGGAGCAAGGUGGAGCCAGGACACAAGAAGACCUCUGGGGGGAACAAGACCCAGGGAGGACAGCCCCAGACAGAUCCCGGCACACACAGCCAAGCCAGAGGUCCCACCCCCACGGAGGAGGAGCAGAGACUGACCCAGAUAAAAUACCUGGAAAUCAAGGGCCAGGUAGAGUGGUUCCUACAGGACCCAGACCAGACGGAGCUACGGUUUCCCUCGACCCUCAACUCCCACGACCGCCUGCUCGUACACCAGGUUGCAGAGGAGCUGGGCCUGAACCAUGAGAGCCAGGGAGAGGGAAAGGACAGAUGCAUCACUGUCUCCAGACCCCCGACAGGGCCUAACGAGGCUGGGGAAGAAGAGGAGCAACAAGCCCUACAAUCGGCAGCCGUUCUGGAGGAAGACGGUGUUACAGGGCCUCCUGUAGGGCAAUCGGCAGCCGUUCUGGAGGAAGACGGUGUUACAGGGCCUCCUGUAGGGCAAUCGGCAGCCGUUCUGGAGGAAGACAGGGUUACAGGGCCUCCUGUAGGGCAAUCGGCAGCCGUCCUGGAGGAAGACGGUGUUACAGGGCCUCCUGUAGGGCAAUCGGCAGCCGUCCUGGAGGAAGACGGUGUUACAGGGCCUCCUGUAGGGCAAUCGGCAGCCGUUCUGGAGGAAGACGGUGUUACAGGGCCUCCUGUAGGGCAAUCGGCAGCCGUUCUGGAGGAAGACAGGGUUACAGGGCCUCCUGUAGGGCAACCGGCAGCACCUGUAGAUCUCAAGACUUUACAUCUGGAACGAAUGAGACGGGAGCAGGAGAGGAGGGAGCAGAAGAAGCAUCUAGAGACCGUCCGUACAGCAGGACAGACUCAGACUGCUAAGAAGGCCAAGGCAAAAGGAAAGACCAAAAAGACCAAAGCGGGUGCCUGUGAGAUCGCUGCGGCUGCGACGGCGGACGAUGAUUUUGACACCCUAAUAGAUGCCGUGGUGAAGGCAGAACGCGUCUGUAGUUUUGUCAAGUGUAAAACGUUAGUCAUUUAUCUGGGACAACUCUGUCUGUUCUGCAACAGACAAUACUGCCUCGGUCACCACAUACCUGAGGUCCAUGGGUGUGGAGACCAAGCCAGGGCCAAUGCCAGGAUGAGGAUCAGUAAAGAAGGGGUUCUGUAUGCCGGUAGUGGACACAAGGACAAGUCUGUAGAUCCGAACAAGAAGGCCUAUCUACACAGGAAGCUGGACUCCAAACUCAAAGACAUGGAAAAGCAGCGGAAGACCAAACCCAGAGAGAAUGACAAUAAUUGACCUUUGACCUUUUUAAAUUCCAGUUUGUCAGUGACUGUAAGCUCUGAGGAUGAUCCUUUGUGGACUGAAUAGAUAUAAUUAUUAAACAGAUUACUGCUAAAUUA